AUGUCCUUCCGGCGCAGCAUCGUCGUCGGCGGCGUGCUCAUCAUCCUGCUGAUCCUGCUCUCCACCGUCACGUUCUACCUCAGUCUGGGACCCUGUCCCAGGGGCACCUUUGCAUGCGACAACGGCACCGCGUGCGUCCCGCAGCGCAACAUUUGCGACAAUCACAGCGACUGCCAGGACGCCGAGGACGAGGAUCCGGUCAUGUGCGGUAUGUUUUAUGGCAGCACGCUUGUCGUCCAGGAAUUAAUGCAGAAGGUGCGCAACAAGAACGGCACCGUUCUCGAGACCAACAACCGAACUUGCGAGCAAACGCUCCAGCAUGUGGCGAAUCAGGCGCGCUGUCGCUGCUUCUACUCGUCGAUGUUCUUCUGCAACGACCGCAGACUCUCCACAGUGCCAGAAAUCCAUUCCAAUAAGCUGAAGCGACUCUACUUGGUCAACAACACCAUCAAACUCUCAGAAUUGUCCUUCAUCGGCCUCAGUCUUGAAUAUAUGUAUUUGAGCAACAAUGACAUUGAGGAAAUCACGCCGGGAACAUUCGCCGACUUGAGGAAGCUCGAGUGGCUUCUGCUGCGCUCCAACCAACUCACGAGCUUCCCUCUCGCCGAACUGAGAGACUUGCAGUCGCUGAAGUUGCUGGAUUUGUCUGACAACAGACUGAGUCUGGCCAAUGACAAGUUCCCCAAAUUGCACAGCAUUUACGAGCUGAUCCUGGACAGCAAUGUGAUUGAGAUGAUUGACGAGGACCUCUUCGCAGGCUUGGGUCGUCUGCACCUCCUGAGCCUCCACAGCAACCGUAUCAGCAGCAUCCAUCCGCGUGCAUUCCAGGAGUUGACUGACCUACGAGAACUAGGACUCUCGAGCAAUCUGCUGCUCCGCCUGCCAGACACGGUCUUAGCCUCGAUGUCACUGCUGGAAGCGCUGAAUCUGGACGGCAUUCCCAUUGAGAAUAUCGACUCUGACGCUCUCUCGAGCCUCACAACGCUGAAAUCCGUGGUGUUCAGCAAGUUCUACUACUGCGGCUACGCGCCGCACGUGAAGAACUGCAAGCCCAACACCGACGGCAUCUCAACUCUGGCGGAUCUGCUGUCCAAGCCGGUGCUCAGGUACUCGGCCUGGCUCAUGGCUCUGGUGACGUGCAUGGGAAACGGCCUGGUUCUCUGGGGCAGAUUUGCGCUGCGCGACGAAAACCGCGCGGUCUCGAUGGUGAUCCGCAAUUUGGCGGUGGCAGACAUGCUGAUGGGCUUCUACCUCGUCAUUAUCAGUAUUCAGGACUUUCGCUACAGAAGCAGGUAUCACGAGGUGGCGCAGGAUUGGGCCUCUUCCUGGAAUUGCACGCUCGCCGGAUUGCUGGCCAUGACAUCCUCCGAAGUGUCCAUGCUGAUUCUGGCUUUCAUGUCUGUGGAGAGAUUCCUGUUGAUUGCCGAUCCCUUCGGAGGCCAUCGACGGCUAGACUCGCGGAAUGUGCUGACCUCCAUGAUUGCCAUCUGGACAGUGGGAGGCACGAUCGCCAUCAUCCCGGUGAUUCACUGGCGUUCCAGCACGAGAUUCUAUGGCAUGCACUCGGGCACGUGCUUCCCGCUGCACGUCCAGGAGCGCUUCCCGCUCGGCUGGGAGUACUCGGCGUUCGUCUUCCUGGGCGUCAACCUGUCGCUGCUGAUGCUCAUCGCCAGCCUCUACACGGCCCUCCUGGUGUCCAUCUGGCGCACGAGGAGAGCCACGCCUCUGGCCGUGCUGGACUGCGAGUUCGCCAUCAGAUUCUUCUUCAUCGUCCUCACAGACGCCACUUGCUGGGCACCAAUCAUCGCGCUGAAGAUUCUCGCGUUCCUCAGCUAUGAAAUCUCAGCCGACAUUUACGCGUGGAUCGUCAUCUUCAUCCUGCCUCUGAACUCCGCCGUGAAUCCGCUGCUCUACACCUUCACGACGCCGCGCUAUCGCGACAAGAUCGGCAUCAAAGGAUGGCAAACAGUGUUCGCGAGGCGCCGCAACGAGCAGGGCGUCGCCGAGGGCACGGCAAAUGGCCUAACCAACUCCAAUCCAGAUGAAUCCCAGGGCAAGAUCCUGCCACUGCUGUACACGCCCAACUCCACGAACUGGAAGAUGUGA